GACAAGUGUUACGAUGGCAUUAUUAGCCGUAUCAUAUUAAGAGACAAGGCGUGCAUAUAUAUUUAUUCAUAGAGCAGGGAGGGGGGGAAAGCGCGUCUCGUCACGUCAGAGCACUCGGGGAGGGCAGAGCUGCUUAAAAUGCUGUGAAUGUGACUACCAGGAGUCCAGUCUACCACUAUAAGCAAGGUGAUGGGAUAAGCGAUUUGAUUCAAGCGAGAAAAUGUGACACGGCAAAUGAAAUGAACACAGCACUCAGUUCGACAGUUUAAUAAAGAAGCUUGCCAACCCCAUCCGUCAACAACGAAGAGAAAAACAAAGGCAAAGAUCGUUAUAUUCUACAAGUGACACAGUAAAAUCUCGUGCAUCGCAGUUAAGGAGAGCGAGAGAGAGAGAGAGAAGGGCAAAGAAGAAGCGUGGCUGAAGAGCGAGGCGUGGGCUAGUGCUAAAAAGCAACGUUUCCCCGUGGGAAAAGAUGACAGUUGUGCCCGAUGAAAAUGUAGAUGAAGCGGUGGCACUGACCGCCCUGCCCCAAGAUGUCUAUGAUCCGGAGGCGGUGGACCAGGAUUGCUGCGAACGUGUCAUCAUCAACAUUUCGGGGCUGCGCUUUGAAACCCAGCUCAAGACGCUCGCCCAGUUUCCUAGCACUUUACUAGGAGAUCCCCGCAAGAGAAUACGUUUCUUUGAUCCCUUGCGCAACGAAUAUUUCUUUGACAGAAAUCGCCCCAGCUUCGAUGCCAUUCUCUAUUAUUAUCAGUCAGGAGGGCGGCUCAGAAGACCGGUCAAUGUACCUGUCGACAUUUUCAUGGAAGAGAUAAAAUUCUACCAGCUAGGGAACGAGGUAAUUGAAAAUUUUAAGGACGACGAAGGAUUCAUUAAAGAGGAGGAGCGCCCACUGCCAGAAAAUGUAUUUCAGCGUCAGGUUUGGUUGCUGUUCGAGUACCCGGAGAGCUCUGGACCAGCGAGGGGCAUUGCAAUAGUUUCUGUGCUCGUUAUUUUGAUAUCGAUUGUCAUCUUCUGUAUGGAGACGCUCCCAGAAUUUCGAGAAGAAACCAGAUUCUCAAAUGAGCAUCAUGCCCACAACAGUACCGUCCGUGCCAGUUCAAACCCUUUUACUGACCCAUUCUUUUUUGUCGAGACCCUUUGCAUUAUAUGGUUUUCGUUUGAGCUACUGGUAAGGUUUUUUGCCUGUCCCAGUAAACCUGCCUUCUUCAAAAAUGUCAUGAACAUCAUCGAUAUUGUGGCUAUCAUCCCCUAUUUUAUCACCCUGGGCACGGAACUGGCAGAGCAUCAGGGGAACGGCCAACAGGCGAUGUCCUUGGCGAUCUUGAGAGUUAUCCGCCUGGUGCGCGUCUUUCGUAUAUUCAAGCUCUCCAGACAUUCGAAGGGCUUGCAGAUUCUAGGGAAAACUCUUCAAGCCAGCAUGCGCGAGUUGGGACUGUUGAUUUUUUUCCUUUUUAUCGGGGUUAUCUUGUUUUCAAGCGCGGUGUAUUUUGCGGAGACUGACGAUCGGGAUUCCCUGUUUACCAGCAUUCCCGAUGCUUUCUGGUGGGCAGUGGUGUCCAUGACUACAGUUGGUUACGGGGAUAUGUAUCCUGUAACAAUCGGUGGUAAAAUAGUUGGCUCACUGUGUGCCAUCGCCGGUGUCUUAACCAUUGCACUGCCAGUUCCUGUGAUCGUCUCCAAUUUUAAUUACUUUUACCACCGGGAAACAGAACACGAGGAGCAGUUACAAUACAAACACGUUACCUGCGGGCAACAGCAGCCGUCUGUGGGAGAGAUGAGAAAGAGCGACAGCCAGCCAUCCCUGCACAAAGUAGACUGCUUGGAAGAAGAGGACAUGGAGACAAUCAAAUACACCAACUGCACCCCCAGAAAAGCUUACACUGGCAAGCUCACGGACGUAUGAUAGACACCUGAUCUUAGUCAAACGCCGCUGGCAAUGAAGUCUCCUGUGUAUUCUAAAUUUUGCGCAGCCUCAUUUCAGAGCACCGAGAAUGCACAAAAGCUACGUAUAUUCUUACAUAUACAUUAUUUUUAGCGUAGUCAUUUUUGUUUCCAACGUUAUAUCCAAAGAAAGUCUUCCAUUACACAUAUUUCGAAAGAAAGAAAGUUAUUUGAAAUCAUUUGUCCUCGCUUGCCCGUGCUCAUGUCCAGGUAUGUCCAGGCGUUCACGCGCGACUGUUAAGAACUUGUUUCAUUGAAUGAUGCAAAAGCGACAUCCGAGAGGCACAAGAAGAACUUAAGUGGGAGGCUUAAAAGGACCAAAAAGUAAGGGUUUUGUACUGCUGGAAUAGUACAGGUGGAGCCUGUAGAUAGGACUCUUUGUCAGCCCUCGUUUUACCCUUCACCUCGGCACGCUUACAAGUGCAUCAAAGCUGCGCAAUUCAUUUUAGUCAAAGCAAGGUCACCCCUUCACAACGUGGUGGGCGGGGAGGGUAUUGGGGGCACGAUGGCUCUGUUGUGAUUUUUUACAGCUCUGUCACGCAUUGUGUUCCGUGGCGAUCGCUCCAAAGGAGCCAAACACAUCAUUGUUUAUGAGGAAUUAAGUGUUAGAUUCUUGUUACCAUGCCAUUGUCUUUAAUAGUGGAAAAAUUGCUUUGAACGUGCGCGCGCGUGCUUGUCAUAUGUUGGCUGCAAUAUGAAAAAAAAAACAAAAA